AUGGCGCUCGCCGUCGUUAAACCAGACUUCAUGGCAGACACCGAGGAACAACCUAGCAAGCGACGCCGACGCAGUCGUCGUGGCCCAACCGAUCGCAAAUUCGAAUGCACUCAUGAGGGAUGUGGCAAGAGCUACUCCCGAGCUGAGCAUCUCUAUAGACACCAGCUGAACCACAGUCACGAUGACCUGUCCAAGUCGCUAAUGCCGGUUUCCUCGCCUUCAUCUCCUGCCAUAACCGCCGCGGACUAUCCAUUUGUGACCGACCCAGCGUCGGGUUCAAAGUCACCACCGAGCACAUCCUACCCACUCUCGACCGGAAUCGAAACCACGGGCGUUCCAGUAUCCGGCUAUAAUGACUUUCGCGGCGAUUUCAGUCAAACGGAUCCUAUGAUCGAUCUCGAUGCGAUGUCGAACGCAUACCCAAUAUUUGGAGGAGAGACUUACAACCGGUCCCCAUUCGCCAUGGCUGACGACUUUGCGGCUUGGUUGUUUAGCGAACCACUUGCGCCGCUGGGGUAUGGGAUGAUGCCGUUUUCACAAAAUCAGUUCUACAACAACGAACCUUCAUAUAAUAAUUUCUGCUCCGUUAUUCCUCAGCAUCCCAUGAGUGUGACCAGUAUCCUGGACUCAGGGUCGCUACCGGCGAUCAUCUCUGAAGAAAAACGCCAAGAGUUGCUCCAUUUGAUGGCUACACGAUUCAACGAGGCAGCAUAUUCAGCUCAGACCAAGCGCAAAGAAGCUUUAAUGGAAGGGGACCUAGAUAAUGACCGGCAUGUCUUGAGUUUGCGCAUGAUGCAGACUUAUAUUGGGUCAUAUUGGUAUAAUUUUCAUGCGCAACUACCAAUACUUCAUCAACCGACAUUUGCAGCAGAUCGCACACCGAACUUACUAUUAUUGGCUAUUAUGGCUAUUGGUGCUGCUACACUUGACAAAAUUCACGGUCAAGCUUCUACCGAAACAGCCGCUGAGUUGGCCAGCUUUAUUGCGUGGCAUUUGCGUUGGGAAAUUUUCAUGGAUCCAGAUUUUCGGCCGCCUGCCCGACUUUGGAUUUUUCAAGCGUUAUUGUUACUGGAGGUCUACGAAAAAGGGUUCUCUACCAGAGCGCUGCAUGAACGUGCCCAUAUCCAUCAUGAUACCACCUUAACCCUGAUGCGCCGGGGUAGUUCUUUGAUCGGCAGAUCAUCAUUUGAUACCCCAGAGGCUAAAGAAGAGGAUGAGUCGUGGUCGCACUGGAUCAAGGCAGAGGCAACACGGCGAGUGGCCUUUGCUGCAUUUGUCCUCGAUUCAACCCACGCGACCAUGUUCGGACACUCAGCCAAGAUGGUUGCCCAUGAAUUGCGAUUACCCUUACCGUGCGAUGAGGCGCUGUGGGCUGCAACCAGUGCUGCAGAGGUAGCUCGCGUACAAUCCAGUCUACAAUCGCACGGUGUACGACCAGUGAUGUUUCUGGAUGGGCUCAAACAAACACUCAACGGCCAACCCGUUCGAACCAACACCUUCGGUCGGACUAUCUUGAUUGCAGGACUGUUAAGCGUAAGCUGGCAUCUGAACCAGCGAGAUCUCCAGGUGAGCUCGCUUGGAGUUGGUCAAACUCUUGGUGGGCGAGAUAAAUGGCGAACUGCGCUUCUCAGGGCAUUUGACAACUGGCGCCGCGACUAUGACGAGGCGCUAGGUUCUUCUCCAACAAGCGAAUCCCAGUCGCGCGACGUCCUCCACGGACUUGCACACAUGGCUUCCCAUGUUGAUGUUGCGGACCUUCAGAUCUUUGCCGGUGCCGAUCGGCUUAUGGGUCGCUCCAUCACAUCUCGCGAUUACAGCACCGCUCGCGAAAAGACUAAUCGCUGGGCAACCAAGGCGUCCGCUCGCGAUGCCACCUUCUACGCGUUGAAGUUCUUGUCCGCCUGUUUCGCAGUUGAUGACCCGACCGGCGAGUAUAUUGCACGAGAAGAUUAUCUCCUUAAUCGACCGUGGGUAAUGUACUUCUCUGUAUUGGUCGUGUGGUGUUACGGAUUCGCAUUGGACGGACCCCUACGCCCAGCGCCCACAUUGGCUUCCGCCGCGGAACGAAGGCAGGACAUGCAAAUGUUUCUCCAACGCGUCGGUGGGCUAGGGGAACCGAAUGAGCUAGAGGGGAUGAAAGGACGAAAUAUGUGUUUGGGAUUGUUGAUGGUGGUUCGAGACUCAUUUUCAACUUCACGAUGGGAGUUACUAGGUGAAGCGGCGCGGCUGCUGGACAGCUGUAUCGCGAAAUUGCAGUCGUAG